AUGUGCCACACCAGCUGCUCCUCAGGCUGCCAGCCAUCCUGCUGUGUGUCCAGCCCCUGCCAGCCAUCCUGCUGUGUGUCCAGCCCCUGCCAGUCAUCCUGCUGCAGGCCUGCUAUCUGCAUUCCUGUGAGAUACCAGGUGGCCUGCUGUGUGCCCGUGAGCUGUAGACCCACUGUGUGCAUGACUCCCUCCUGCCAGUCGUCUGUGUGUGUGCCUGUGAGCUGCCGGCCUGUCUGUGUGACCUCCUCCUGUCAAUCAUCUGGGUGCUGCCAGCCCUCCUGCCCUACCCUGGUCUGCAGACCUGUCACCUGUAGCACCCCCUCCUGCUGCUGA